GCCUAAAUCAGCGGUCUUUGAUGAGACUUAGAAGUUGCAGUCUUCGUAUCGGAAAGAGUACUGUAGCCCGGUGUGGUGACGUUUCCAAGAGGUUCCUUUGAAUCUUCGGAGGCUGGCGGAGGAAGACGUUUUGUUGUUGAUGGGCAGCGGCUGUGGAGGAUAUUGAGAAAGUCCAAAAUGGCGGCGGCUGCCAGGUCGAGAGGACCCGGCAGGCCUUGAAUUUAGGGAGGGGAGAGAACAAGCGGGACUCCGGGCCCGGAAAAGUGCCGGGAGGUUCCAGAGAGGAGGAGGGGCAAAGCUGAGCAACCGGGCACCGGGGAGAAAAGCUCCGGCUGACCGGCCUUGUUCCCCCGCCCGUUAGGCCUGGUGCUCGAGCGAGGAGGAGGAGGAGGGGCCGGGCAUGGCCCCCUGAGGGGCCUCCCAGAGAGCAAAGGAGCCGGUGGAGGGUAUGGAGUCCAGAGAGGAGGAGGUGGAGCAGAGCGAAGGGUCAGAUCAAGGGGUCUGGGGGGAGAAGGGCCCCCUCGGGGAUCAGGGCGACUGGGUGUCCCGUGGGGAGAGGGGGAGCCGGGGCUCGAAGGGGGAACGUGGCCUUUCGGGGGAGAAGGGAGAACAUGGGGACUGGGGAGAGCGCGGCUCCAGGAUGGAGAAGAGUGAACGGACUGUGAAGGGUGAGCGGGCUCCCCGGAGUGACAAGGCCGAACAGGGCGAGGGGGCUCCCCGGGCUGAUCGAACCCUCCGACCGCCUCGAGCGUCAGAGCAGGCGGAGCGCGGCUUGUGGGGCGCAGAGCCCGGCGAGUGGAUGGACCGCGGCCCGUCCUGGGCUGGAGAUCCCGACCCCCUCUUGCCUCCCGAGGACUUUUUGCCGCCACCCGAGUGUCCUGUCUUUGAGCCCACCUGGGCCGAAUUCAGCGAUCCGCUGGGCUACAUUGCCAAGAUCCGACCCAUCGCAGAAAAAAGUGGUAUCUGCAAAAUCCGCCCUCCCGCCGACUGGCAACCUCCCUUUGCUGUGGAAGUGGACAACUUCCGGUUUACUCCACGGAUACAGAGGCUCAAUGAACUGGAGGCACAGACCAGAGUAAAACUGAACUAUUUAGACCAGAUUGCAAAGUUCUGGGAAAUUCAAGGUUCUGCACUGAAAAUUCCCAAUGUAGAGAGGCGUAUCCUUGAUUUGUACAGCUUGAGUAAAAUUGUGAUGGAGGAGGGUGGAUACGAAGCCAUUUGCAAGGAUCGCCGGUGGGCACGGGUGGCCCAGCGACUUUCCUAUCCAUCCGGAAAGAAUAUUGGUUCCCUCCUUCGUUCCCACUAUGAGCGUAUUAUCUACCCAUAUGAAAUGUACCAGUCUGGUGCUAACCUGGUGCAGUGCAAUACUCACCCAUUUGAUAAUGAAGAGAAAGACAAAGAGUAUAAGCCUCAUAGCAUCCCGUUGCGCCAGUCAGUGCAGCCUUCCAAGUUCAACAGCUAUGGGCGGCGGGCCAAGCGACUGCAGCAGGAGGAAUCCGACUCAUACCCUGAAUCUGCGAGUUCCCCAGCUCUGUUACCUGAGCAAGCACAUCAAGCAUGGCCAGAGCCAACAGAGGAAGACAUUGAGAAGAAUCCAGAAUUGAAGAAGCUGCAGAUUUAUGGCGCUGGACCUAAAAUGCUGGGCCUGGGGCUUGUAGCCAAGGACAAGAACAUGCGCAAGAAAGACAAGGAGAUGCCUGAGUGCCCCCCGACGGUGAUCGUAAAAGAGGAAGCCCCUGUUUCCGAGGUGAAGCUGGAACCCACUUUACCCCGAGGCUAUGCAAAUAUGAAGGAAGAGUUGAGACACAGUCCAGAACCGUGCACCAAGAUGACCAUGCGCCUCCGUCGCAAUCACAACACUCAGUUUAUUGAAUCUUACGUUUGUCGGAUAUGUACACGGGGAGAUGAGGAUGACAAGCUGUUGUUAUGUGACGGCUGUGAUGACAACUAUCACAUCUUCUGCCUCUUGCCUCCUUUACCUGAGAUUCCUAAAGGUGUCUGGAGAUGUCCCAAAUGUGUCAUGGCGGAGUGUAAGCGUCCCCCAGAGGCUUUUGGCUUUGAGCAGGCCACUCGGGAAUACACACUACAGAGCUUUGGAGAGAUGGCUGAUUCUUUCAAGGCCGACUACUUCAACAUGCCAGUCCACAUGGUGCCAACAGAGCUUGUAGAAAAGGAGUUCUGGCGCUUGGUGAAUAGCAUUGAGGAAGAUGUGACGGUGGAAUAUGGGGCUGACAUUCAUUCCAAAGAAUUUGGAAGUGGUUUCCCCAUCAAUGAUGGCAAAAGGCAGCUGUCUCCAGAGGAGGAAGAGUAUGCAGCCAGCGGCUGGAACCUCAACGUGAUGCCAGUGCUGAAGCAGUCGGUGCUAUGCCACAUCAAUGCUGACAUUUCGGGCAUGAAGGUACCAUGGCUCUACGUGGGCAUGGUCUUCUCUGCUUUCUGCUGGCACAUUGAGGAUCACUGGAGUUACUCUAUUAACUACCUCCACUGGGGUGAACCUAAGACUUGGUAUGGGGUCCCAUCCUUUGCAGCUGAACAUCUGGAAGAUGUUAUGAAGAAAUUGACCCCAGAGCUUUUUGAGAGCCAGCCAGACCUGUUGCACCAGUUGGUGACACUCAUGAACCCUAAUACACUCAUGGCCCAUGGCGUCCCGGUCGUCCGGACCAAUCAGUGUGCUGGAGAGUUUGUCAUUACCUUUCCUAGAGCUUAUCACAGUGGCUUCAAUCAGGGCUACAACUUUGCUGAAGCAGUUAACUUUUGCACUGCUGAUUGGUUGCCAGCUGGUCGCCAGUGCAUUGAGCACUAUCGACGCCUUCGCCGUUACUGUGUCUUCUCUCAUGAAGAGCUUAUCUGCAAAAUGGCUGCUUGCCCUGAAAAGUUGGACUUGAACUUGGCUGCUGCUGUACACAAGGAGAUGUUUAUCUUGGUCCAGGAGGAGCGUAAAUUGCGAAAGGCUCUUCUUGACAAGGGAAUCACUGAAGCAGAGCGAGAGGCGUUUGAGUUGCUUCCAGAUGAUGAGCGCCAAUGUGACAAAUGCAAGACAACCUGUUUUCUGUCAGCGCUGGCUUGCAACGAUUGUCCAAAUUGUCUUGUCUGCCUUUACCACAUCAAUGACCUCUGCAAGUGCCCGAGUAGCAGGCAAUACCUCAGGUAUCGGUAUACUCUGGAUGAACUCCCAGCCAUGUUACAUAAAUUGAAGGUCCGGGCUGAAUGCUUUGACACAUGGGCCAACAAAGUUCGCAUUGCUUUGGAAGUGGAAGAUGGACGCAAAAGAACCUUGGAGGAGUUGCGUGCCCUGGAAUCGGAGGCACGUGAGAGGAACUUCCCUGAGAAUGAACUUCUUCAUCGGCUCAAAACCUGUUUGAGUGAAGCAGAGAAGUGUGUCUCAGAGGCCCUGGGUCUGAUAAGUAUCCAAGAAACAGAAGAGUCAUCGGUCCAUAUGACGGUAGAGGAAUUACGUGCCUUCCUAGAGCAAAUGACAAACUUGCCCUGUGUCAUGCACCAGAUAAAGGAGGUCCAGGACGUGUUGGAGAAGGUGGAAGCUUUCCAGGUGGAAGUUCAAGAGGCCCUACAAGAUCUUUCAGGCAAUUCCCCAGAGUUGCACAAACUGCUGGCACAAGGAACACGGUUAGGGGUGGAGGUGCCAGAGAUGGAGCUGCUAGAGAGGCAGGUGCAGCAGGCAGUCUGGCUGGAGGAGGUGAAGCAGACUCUGCGUUCACCCCAGGAUAAGGUUACGCUGUCUGUCAUGAGAGCCCUCAUCACCUCUGGCUGUGGAGUGGCCCCCAGUCCUGCUGUGGAUAAGGCGAUGGCUGAGUUGCAGGAGUUGCUCACUAUUGCUCAGCGUUGGGAGGAAAAAGCGCAAAUGUGCCUGGAGGCUAGGCAGAAGCAUUUGCCAGCUACGCUGGAGGCCAUCAUCAAGGAGGCAGAGAACAUCCCAGUGCACUUGCCCAAUAUCCUGUCGCUCAAGGAGGCACUGUCUAAAGCACAGGCUUGGAUUGCUGAUGUGGAAGAGAUCCAGAAUGGAGACCAUUAUCCCUGCCUGGAUGACCUGGAGGGCCUUGUGGCCGUGGGGAGAGAUUUGCCAGUGCACUUGGAGGAAUUGCAUCACUUGGAAGUACAAGUAGCUACUGCACAUUCCUGGCGGGAAAAGGCCUCCAAGACCUUUCUCAAAAAGAACUCCUGUUACACGUUGCUUGAGGUGCUGUGCCCGUGUGCUGAUGCUGACUCCGAUAGCGUCAAACGCAUGAAAUGGCAGCGGGAGAAGGAGCCAGGCCUCUACAAUUCAGACACAGAGAGACUGGGCCUCUCCGCACAGGACCUCAGGGACCCUGGCUCUGUUAUCUUGGUCUUCAAAGAAGGCGAACAGAAGGAGAAAGCAGGGAUCCUACGCCUACGCCAGUCAAAUACCCAGAAGCCUGUGCCAUCCCUGCAGAGUCCUUCUGGGAUCCAGUACUGUGUGUGUUCCCAGCCUCCCAGCCCUGCGAUGUUGCAGUGUGAACUGUGUCAGGACUGGUUCCACACUACCUGUGCAGCUUGGCCUCACCUGGGCAACCCCCGGCCUUCUCCGGCAUGGUGGGAGUGGGAAGCCAAAUUCCUGUGUCCUCUAUGCCAGCGGUCCCGCCGGCCCCGCCUGGAGACAAUCCUGGCUUUGCUGGUGGCUUUGCAGAAACUUCCUGUCCGGCUGCCCGAGGGAGAAGCCCUCCAGUGCUUGACCGAGCGUGCCAUUAUGUGGCAGGACCGUGCUCGCCAGCUCCUUGGCUCCUCCGAUGUAAUUGCUGCCUUGGGAUGUUUAGCUGAGCUACGGCAGCGACUGCUUGGGGACUCGGCCAAGGACGCAGGUGCACUCAAGGAGAGCAGCUGCAACGAACAAACCAAGAUUUCCUUAGAGAACGGAGAUGCCACAACUCCAGAGAAGAACAGCUCCUGUGCCUCAGACCUGGAUAUGCUUUGUUCUUACCUGCCCCAGCUGCAAGGCCCGGUCCUAGAGCUGGCAGAUGCCAUCCGCCUACCUUUGGAAGAACUGCUAAUGGAAGGGGAUCUUCUGGAAGUGACGCUAGAUGAGAGCCAGAGCAUUUGGCGCUUGCUGCAGGCUGCUUGCGCUCCCCAGCUUCACAAAUUCCAGCAGCUACUGGAUCUGGAGCAAGCAGAGCGGCGCAUCACCCGUGGGCGAGGCCGAGACUCAGAGCGGCGGCGGAAACGCAAGACAGAGCGUGGUGAUUGCCCAGCCCUGCCUAAGGAGGAAUUAGAGCCAAAGAAGAUCCGGGGGUCAGACCCAGUGCUGUCCCAAGGUGGCACUCCCCCUGCAGCAGGCACAGACUGCAGCCACAAUGGAGUUGGACAGUUGUGACGGCUAGAAGGUGCCUGGAUUUCUCCUUCCUGGACUACACUGCACUGUAAGGGACUCUGGCAGCCCCAGGUCACUCAGUUGGCUUGACUAGCACUCUGCAUGGGGAGGCACCCAGCCCUAGAAGUUGAGGCUGCAUCUACCCCCCACCCCCAGGACUUGGCACUGGCCCUGCAUCAGACUAUUUUUCAGAUGAUGUAAUAUUUUAUUUUCUUUUUCCUCCUUUUGUAUUGUCAAUACUACGGAAAGGGGAGGCAUUGCAGGGGUCACCAACAAGCAGGGCCCACGUUCUCGUUGGCAGAAGCAACUGAGGGCACCACCGUGUUGCUGUAAGGCCCGAAGCCUUGCAGAGCUCCGGCACAGGUGGUAGAAUGGGCUGGGACAAUGCCCAGCUCCUCGCUUCAGGCAGUGAAAGGAGUUGGGGGCCUCCUCCUGAGAGGAGCGUCCUCCUUUUUGUACCAGCAUUCCCUGAAUACUGCAGGGACAGCACCUCCUGUUGCACAGAGGGGCAGCUCUCCCUAGACACCCCCAUCCUCCUCCUGGUACCUGUUGGGUUUUAUAGGAAUUGUGGUAACCACUUUAUUCUCUAGGGUGGUGGAAAAAGGCAAGGAAUAUUUUAGUUCCACUCCAGCCACUACU